AACAGUAACAAAUUCUUCAUGUCAGCCUGCAGUCUGUAAUGUCAGUCCACUUGCUUUAUCUCAGUACUGCAACUUUCACUUCUGCAUUUUUUGAUGAAAAGGACCCUUUUGAUAAUCAGAGCAUUUUUAAAAGAUGCACGGAAGCCUGUAUGUCUCUUUGAAGCAGGGAUGUGUUCCAUGUGUGCCUGUUUCCACAGCCUGUCGUACACCACAGGGCGUUGUUUCAUAACACAGCUUUCAUUGCAGCAUGCCUUCACGGGGACGUUAAGUGUGGCUCUGUGCAAAACGUUGUCGCUGUUUGCUGCUGGGUUUGAUUCAUUCACAGCUCUAGAAAUAGCCCGCUCUAUUUGUAGGUGUGAUUUGGUCUUCAAGGCACGCAGGCAGCAUGCGCAGCGGGGUGAGACAGCAGGAUGGGCCGCUCCAGGGUGCGAGGGGCAAGAAGCAGAGCGGGUGGGGGCUUCACCCAUGGGCACAGAGUGGUGGGACGGGGGGUGGCUUUAACUACAAGAGGGGAGAUUCAGCUCAGAUGAGCAUUAAUUACUCUGAGGUAAUCAGAGCGGGACAGGCGGCCCCGCCCCUCCGCAGGCACGUCACGGUGACGUCACGGCCCUCCGCCGCCCCGCCUGCCGCGGUGACGUCACCGCCCGCUCCGCCGCAGCCCGCGCAGCCGCGCCAUACGGAGCCGCCGCCGGCACUGCGCUCCGGCCCGGCCGCCGCCAUGCCUUCGGACCGGCCCUUCAAGCAGCGCCGCACCUUCGCGGAUCGUUGUAAAGAAGUGCAGCAGAUCCGAGAGCAGCAUCCAAACAAAAUCCCGGUCAUCAUUGAACGCUAUAAAGGGGAGAAACAGCUGCCAGUGCUGGACAAGACCAAGUUCCUUGUCCCAGACCAUGUCAACAUGAGUGAAUUGGUCAAAAUAAUCCGGCGCCGCUUGCAGCUGAAUCCCACCCAGGCUUUCUUCCUGCUGGUGAACCAGCACAGCAUGGUGAGUGUGUCUACUCCCAUCUCAGAGAUCUACGAGCAGGAGAAGGAUGAGGAUGGCUUCCUCUACAUGGUCUACGCUUCCCAGGAGACCUUUGGCUACUGAGGCCUGCCGAGGGGUGGCACGUGGAGACAGAAUAACUGUGGCACAUGAGCUCCCGGCCCUGGGAGACAACGACCGGAGGCUCAUGAGAGGGGGACAGCGCUGACUCCCUGUCUCUCCCUCCUCCCUCUUCCCAUCACCCUCUCACCAAAGAGGCUCAUGGCGUGUGUUGGACUCGCACAACCCUUCACUUCUGUGUAGAUUAGCCCCGCUCCAUCCACACACGUGUGUGUGCAUAUGCAUACAGACAGCCAGGCACACACAUCAGGCCUCGGCUUCCCAUCCCCUCGGCGUAACCUCCUGCUGCUCUCGCUGUGCUGUGUGCGUGUGUGUGUGUGUGUGUGUUCCCAGCCUGCUGCCAAAACAGUUUGGCUGCUGGUGGAGAGAGGACAGGACACUGUCACCUUCACUUUCAGUACAAAGAGAGUUGCCUCCUCCUUCCAGACACUAGUAAAGGGCAGAAAGUCUGCAAAAACAACAAAUGUAAUCAUUGCUCCUGAGUUUUAAUUGAUUUUAAUUACACCCAUAUCAGAUUCUUGGUGCUACUGAGUAGAUGUAGGCGUCUCUGUAUGACUGUGGAUAAUGUAUAUCCUUUAGAUUUGUUUUAUUGGUUUGUGUUUUUUGUUUGCUUUUGUUUUUGAGGGGCAGGUUGGAAUGGGAAGAGGGGUGAUCUUUCCUGUAUUCUGUAGGGCAGUCAAUCAAGCUUUGUUGCACUUUAAGGCAUAGUAGAUGUCCGAGUGGAAUUUACUUUUUAAUUUAUACCGGUUUGCCAUAUUUAGUGCUGCUCCUCUGAUGACAGUUGUACCUAGAUUGUCUUUCUUUUUUUUUAAAUAAAAAUUAUUUCCCUUCUCUCUGUCUCCCCAUUGCAUGCAGUCUUUCAGUCUCAGUGUGGCAAAGAGUUUGCUCAAGGAAUGUAUGGAUUUGUAUUUGCUAUGUCCCCGUUCCGGUUUUUCAUGUAUUAUACCAGAAAAAUGUAUAUGAUAAAAUUCCACCCAGUUUAAUCUAUACAAAGGUAUAUAUAUAUAUAUAUAAUAAAUAUACAUUCAAGUUGUGUCUUGUA